UAAUGGGGAUCAGCUCAUACCGGUAUACAAGGCGAGGCAGGCAGGGAAGAAGUUAGCGGCCGGAAAGUAUUCCGGCGGCAGGCGGGUAGCCGGUAAAUAUCCCGUAUAAAGGAGGGAGGAGACAGAUGUUUGAAAAGAAGAGCACCAGCGGCAACCUCAAAAGAAAGGCGUCUCUCCAUCCGUCUUCCCCCUCGAAAAGAAGAAGUCUUUUUAAGGAAACUCGGCUGCUCUGAUUUGAACUGCCUUUUCAUUAAUCAAAGUUAUCGUUAUUUCCUCCUUUUCUCUCCCGUGUUCUCUCUCUCUCUCUCUCUCUACUCCAAAGGAUGGAGACGUAUUCAUUAGAACGCUCCUUCCGAGCGUUCUCCAUCAACGACGCCAGCAGCGCCGCCGGUUCAUCGCCGGAAAAUAACGCCCCUUCUACGUUGGAACUCAAUUCGCAUCUCUCCCUCCCCUAUCAGUGGGAGCAAUUUCUCGACCUCAAGACGGGGGAGGUAUAUUAUAUUGAUUGGCGGAGUGGGAGGAAGUCGAAGGGCGAUCCUAGGAGGCUGCAGAACUCAAGAAGAGGAGAAGGCGAUCGCGGAACCGACUAUGAAGCAGGAGAACAAGAAGAAGAAGCAGAUGAAGGCGACGACGUAGAAGAGGAAAAAGAAGGCGAUGAAGAAUAUGAGGGAGGAGAGAGCGAGAAUGGGAGCUGCUCGUCUUCCUGCUCGUCGACCGAGGACUACUUGGAGGAGCGGUCCAUCCAACAUGACGACGUGCUGGUCGUCGCCGGAUGCAAGCGUUGCCUCAUGUACUUCAUGCUUCCCAAGAUCACAGACGAGUGCCCCAAAUGCAGCAGUUUGUUGCUGCACUUCAAUGGAUCCGAAAGCACCUUGCUUUGAAUCUGCUUGUUUCGUUUCAUCAUUGUGGGGAGUAAGGGAUCUUCAAAAUCUCUUUGGGAUCAUACUUUUAUCGGAGGAACAAGAUGAAUGGAUUUGAUGGUCAGAUGAUUUCUUCCUCUAUUUUCGUUUUUGGUCGAUCUCUUCUUGGUCAUAAUUUGUUACGCCCUUCUCCUUCCUGUUUGAUUUUUCUGGAUGUUUGGACUUUUCUCUUUUUUGGAUAGCCAUUGAAGUUACAGAUUUGAGCUCUAAGGAUAUCAAAAUGGAAGAUGGAACAAUAGAACCACUUGGCGAUUAA